AUGUGUUUACUAAGUUCAUGUAGACCCAAAAAAGAUCUCACUGGAAACGAAAGGCGAACUGUUUUCAUUUUAUCGAUAAUUUUCGUGGCAGUUUUCAGCGGUUUUAUUGGAAUUCAAAAUUUACAAAGUACUCUUAACAAUGAGGCAGGGCGCGGAGUGAUUUCUCUAUCUGUGGUCUACGCUGGCUUUAUUAUUUCGUCAUUUUUUGCUCCUUCAUUCAUCCGUGUUUUGACUGCUAAAAGCUGUUUAAUUUUAGGGUUUAUUUCUCACGUAGCAUACGCAGCGAGUAAUAUUUAUGCUGUAUUUUGGACGAUACUUCCGGCCUCCACCUUUGUUGGACUUACUUCCGGACUAAUAUGGACAUCGCAAGGAAUGUUCAUAUCACGUUGUGCUAUCUCAUUCUCGGAAACCCAAAACACUCCAAUGAAGGACAGCUUUGGCAAAUUCCAUGGAAUAUUUUUCUUCGGUAUGGCAUUUCCUAGAUUAGUUGGAAAUCUUCUUUCGUCUGUUAUCUUAAUGCAAGGACAUUACAAUGAAACAACAACCAAUGCUUCAGACCUAUUCACGAUAAAAUUAUGCGGUGCAGAUUUGUGUCCAAAACAUACUGUAACAGAGGAACAGUUCUCCUUGCCAGAUCCACUGACCGUCAAAAUACUCAUGACAGUGUUUGUAACGUCCAGUAUCAUUGGUCUGCUCUUGUGCAUUUUCUUUUUACCACCACUCACAACUAUUGUUCCGUUAUCACAAAAAGGUGCCUUAAGGAACAUGCUAUCAGCAUCUUGUUCAUGUCUUCGUGUAAACACUGAAGCAAAUCUGAUUCUUCUUGUCCCGUCCGCUUUAUUACUUUCAUUUUUUGAGUCCUUCCUGUGGAUUGACAUCUCUAAGGCCUAUAUCAGCUGCCCCUUUGGUGUGAAGAUCGUUGGAUUCUCAAUGGCCCUGCAAGGACUCUUCAGUGGAAUUUCUUCUGUUGUCCUUCCAGCACUUGCUAAUUUGAUUAGUAGAAAAUACGUGAUAUCUUUAAUAAUUAUUGGAAUCAUUACAUCGCAUGUGGGCUUGUUGGUGUGGACACCCACCAAUGACAAAUUGUUACACAUGCUGGGAUUCGUUUCUCUACAUGGAAUACUGGACGGCGGGUUCCGUACAUUAAUAUUUACUGUAGUAUCAUAUAUGUACCCAGACAAGACAGAUGGGGCCUUUGCCAGCGUAGCCACGUGGCGUGCAAUAGGUUAUACAAUUAACAUCAUACUGGCAUAUUAUCUAUGUGUCAGAACGAGGCUGUAUAUGAUGUUUGCACUUGGUGCCCUUUCCAUGGUCACGUAUGUUGUCUUGGAGAUACGUCUGAGAAUGAAAAAGAAAAUCAGCGAGAUCGUUAUUGACGAAGGAAGUGAGAGUAAUGUAGACUUAAGGGAUUCUGAUCAAUAAAUUAU